CGACUCGUACACACGUGUUCUAGUUAUACGAACCUUGCGCUCUGUGGCUACACACUUCGACGUUGAUAUUACGUGCUAGUGUUAGUGAAUAAAGUUUUGUGUUUAUUUGUAUUGUGAACCGAGUAUUGCCACUGUUGUGAUUACUUGUUCUUAAAAUGUUUUCGAGACUUCAAGCAUUGUUUCGUUCGGUGGAGAAUAAAGGGGAUCUCUUAUCCCACAAUAGCGUUUGUGAGGAGAACAGUCUCACAACUGUCUCGACGUCAGAUUCCUCUAGCGAGCAGAAUGUCGAAAUAGAAGAUAAAUCGACGCCGUUAGUGCAGACAUCUUUAGAGGCAAUAGACGAAGGUCACGCUGCACAAUGUUCAUACCCCAACUGCGAUAAAGUUCUAUCUAGAUUCUCAGAAUGCAAUAUUUGCAUGGAACCCUUACAGUGUCGCGGUCCUUGCGUUUGCCCAUCGUGCGGCAAUGUAUGGUGUAGGAAGUGUUCCCGUCGCAUGCAUCAAUGUGCAUGGUGCCGUUUUUCAUUCGAAAAACCAAUUACACGGUGCCUAGCACUACAGCGGCUGAUCAACGAUCUCAUGUUGCCAUGUCGUAAUUACAGCCGAGGCUGCACAGACCUGCUCUCGGGUACCACCAGAGCAGAGCACGAGGAAGACUGCAAAUUCGAUACUAUUAUGUGUCCUGUAACAAAGAAUUGCUGUUGUAUUCCAUUCGAAAAGUUAUCAGAACAUAUUCAGUCAACGCACGAUAUAACGGCUAUAUACUCAGAAAAGAUAAAAGUCGCCAUCAAAAACUUCUGUACCAAGGUGAAGGAAUCUGGUCGCCGUGAAAUUACAUACAAAUAUAUACUUUUGCUUCACAAAUGUGCUUUUACCGUCAAAAUCAGCUUUUUCAACUAUCGUUUCGAAGUGGAUGUAAUGGGAAAAAGACUAGGAUAUAUAGCUAAUCAAAAAUUUAAAUCUAGUAAAAGUGAAUACUUAGCAAAAAUCGAAUUCCAUACACAAUCAGCUUCAAUCAAGACGUUUAAAUUAAUAGAAGAAAAGACGUAUAAUAGAAAUACGAAUCUACAGUUGGACAGUACUUCAUUGCAUUUAAAAAUGGGAGAGCUUGUAACAAUCCGUGUGAGUAUCAAAAAGAUCACUGUAGAAUUCUCGAGUAGCGAUUUUGCCAGAUCGUUAGAUGCUUUAUAAUAAUUUAGUAUAAAUUUUAAAAUAAAUUAUAAUACUAAGUAAUGCCUAAUUUAAGUAUUUCACUGAAAAACCAAAUAUAAAUUGUAAUAUAAUAUUUUCCUAUUA